AUGGAAAGAAAGCGUCAGCCUGACGAUGUAAGUCUGACAGAUUCCAGUGACCUACCAGAGCACGCUACCCACUAUAAAAGUAGCACCUUGUCAUUCUCUCUACUCCUCCACCACCGCAAUCUUCUCUUGACCCUUCAUCUUCUCCAACCUUUCUCUUCUCUGUGCCUAGUCUCUCCCACAACUCUAUCCUCAAAAGCACCAGCUCUCCACACGCCUCACUUAUCACCCACCACCCUCACAACCCACAUGGUCAGAGAUCUUUCAAAGACAACUAAGGGAAGCAUUGACUACGUCCUCAACUCCCCCUCGGCGUCCUCAGACUUCAACCAUGCGAUCCGUCCCUACUCCAGGACAAACCGCCACCCGAAGGCCCCUCGUGCGCCCUCGUCCUCAGACACCGACUCAACACAGGCUGGAUUUGCACGCCUUCUCGAGGCGGCGAACUACGUCCAGGCCUACCAGCCCUCCGCCACCUCCUCCUCUGAGACGCGUGCUCACAGCCGCUCGGACUCAGGUCGAACCUCCCCCAGCCGUGGCGAAGUCACGCAGCCCCUCAAGCCGAAGCGGAGGAAGCGCAAGGACGUCAAAUGCGAGGAAUGCGGUCGCACGUUUGGUGACUCCAGCUCUGUGCGUAAGCACGUUCGCGUCGUUCAUCAGAAAAUCAAGGAGUUUGACUGCGACAUAUGCGGAAAGAGCUUUGCGGAGAAGAGCAAUCGUUCCAAGCAUCGCAUUGCUGCCCAUUUGAACCAGCGCGACCACAAAUGUACGGAAUGUGACAAGGUUUUCAAUUUUUCCGACGGGUUGAGACGUCACGUAAACAACGUCCAUCUCAAGCUUCGCCCAUAUCGCUGUGACAAAUGUAACACGUUCUACAAGCAGAAGACGCAUCUGCUGAAACACCAGCAAUCUAUGCACCACAUCCCCAUCCCGUCGAAGAAAAGUUAAAGGAAGGCAAGAAAAGCGCCGAUCGUAUCCAGCCUUGUGACUUCGGCUGUGCUGACACUGUUUUUUGUUGUCUAGUUCGGUCUUGUUUUAAUCGUAGCAAUUGAACGGUGUGUUGCACGUGGUGACAUUGUUUGCGUCUUCCGCUUUUUUCUUCUUUACCUCUUUGUGCUCGCCAAUUAUUCCCUGGGCUUCUUUGAGGAUAGCAAGGCACGUCUUUCAAAGAACACGGGCUGGUGGCUUGACAGAAUCGUAUCGCAGUCAGCUCAUCAAUUAUACUUCGACACGCUCUGUUGGCCUGUGUCUGACGGCACUGUAAGGUGAUUUAGUCUUGGAAACAGCGUGCAUUGCAUGGCAUUCCUCCUGAACCCUGUAUCCCCUGAUCCCGCAGGUGUUGAAAUUGAAGGGCCCAAGUCGCGAUGGCCGAGUAAUUGCGUGUACGAUAGUGUCGGCGAGAGCAUUGCGUGUGUUCCGCUGAAGCGCGAAUAGCAAAUAUAAUAUAAAAACUGUGGUUUAAUUGAUUGUG